AUGCCUUAUCGCUGCUAUAUCGUCCCUCCUCACCUCCUGAAAGCCAUUUCCGAGUCCUCUCACAACUCCGAUAGCAUCCGUCGCGCUGCUCUAGCAGCCCUUGGCUCUCAUCAAGCUUUCGCCGCCAAACGCAAGAACCAUAUCGAACAAGUGAUACAGAGUCGACGGAGCAGCCGUGCCCAGCAAGCAAGUCCUUUUGUUCCCACCCAUGUCCUUCGUCAUGUGUCACACUCUGAGCAUGUGACCCAGGAAGUGAGGGCGAACGCCGCAAAAACCCUGGAACAUGACCUUGCCCUAACAGCAGAAACCCAGCUUGCGGCUGAUGUAGGAAAACCUCCAAAGGAAGCCCCACGCCGAUCGAUCUAUGAUGCAGGGCAUACCACAAGCGAGAGGCGGUUGCCUGGUAAACUGGUUCGCGCCGAGGGCGACAAGGAGACCAAUGACAAGGCUGUCAAUGAGGCGUAUGACAAUGUCGGAACCGUUUUGGACUUUUAUAAAGAUACGUUUAAGUGGAACUCCAUCGACAACAUGAACAUGGAUGUCAUGAGCUCUGUUCAUUUUGGCGAACAGUAUGAAAAUGCUUUUUGGGACUCGGAAGAACGGCAGAUGGUGUUUGGAGACGGUGGCGAGUUCCUCAGCAACUUUGCUGGCUGUGUCGACGUUAUUGGACACGAGUUGACGCACGCAGUGACUGAGCACACCAGCGCCUUCAGCUAUCAGGGACAGCCCGGUGCCUUGAAUGAGCAUAUUUCUGAUGUUUUUGGCAUCAUGAUAAAGCAAAAGGUCCAGGAUGAAAAGGCAGAAGAUGCCGACUGGCUCAUCGGUGAAGACUGCAUUCUUCCUGGCGUCAAGGGUGUUGCCCUUCGAAACAUGAAAGCUCCUGGAACUGCAUACGACGAUCCUCGUUUUGGCAAAGAUCCUCAAGUUGGCAACAUGAAGGACUAUGUAGAAAUGUACGAGGACAACGGUGGCGUCCACAUCUACUCCGGCAUCCCCAACAAGGCUUUUUACCUGGCGGCCAAGGCAUUUGGCGGCUAUUCGUGGGAGAAGGCUGGCCAGAUUUGGUGGCAGACACUGCGGAGUGGCAAGUUGUCCGAGAACAGCACGUUUCUCCAGUUUGCGGAUGCCACUGUCAAUAUCGCCAAGAAGGAGUUUGACGACGAUGUGGCCAAGACGGUUCGGAAGGCUUGGGACGAUGUUGGCAUCCGUCUUCGAUACCAACUCUCACUGCCCACCCUCAGGUCGCUUUCUGCAAUUGACAAAGCGCCCGAUCGACGAAAGGUUCUCCAGACUGCGUGUCUCGCGGCAGAGUUUCGAUCUUUCCCAAUAAGUCAAGCGGAAAAGAAUCUGUUUCGAGAAAUCAACGAUCAUACUGGAAUUCCAUAUCCAAUUACCGGACCUGCCACUGAACCGUGGCACAAGGUGUUUUUGCUCAUCCAAAUUGAUCUCUUGCGAGGAGGAUGGCCCAACAAGAUAUCUGCAAAUGGUCGUAAAGAGCUUAUGCGAGAGAGCGCCCGCAUUUACACUGUGAUGGAUCGUGUAUUGAGAUGCCUUGCCGACAUCCUUGGCGAGAGGGAAGACGGAAGGGGGGUCACUGUCACCUUGGAUGUUCUCAGGAGUGUCAAUGCAAAAGUAUGGGAAGGCACCGAAAUGGAAUUGCUACAAGUCGAAGGCAUUGGUGCGGCAAAGAUGAAGCGCCUUACCGAUGCGAACAUCAAGACCAUCAAACAACUCGCUGGGCUCGAGUUUUAUCACAUCGAACGGUUGCUCAGCAGAAAUCCACCCUUUGGGCAUCAGAUGUUAAAUCAGCUGUCGGGAUUCCCACUGCUACACAUGCAGGUUUCUGUGAUAUCUAAUUACACUCCUGCCCAGAAUGGCAACCAGGACGCUAGCAUGCCGGUGUUCCGUCAGUCUUGGGUGACCAGAGUUGUAUUGGGGUAUAGCAAUGACACCUUGCCGACCUGGUGCAAACGGAGUCCAUGGGCAACCUUGGUGAUUGAAGGGGAUGAUGGUCGGCUCCUGUGGUUCUGGAGGGGAAACGUGAAAAGGAUGGAGAGCACCAAGGUCAUGUUCGUCCGGCUAGAUGCCAAAAAGGGAGAGAGCAUCAAGGCUACCCUUGCUUGUGAAGGGAUUGUAGGAACUCUCGUACGAUUUACACUGACCGUCUAA